AUCGGCACUUUUGUCUGGAGCCGCAGAUGGCUACAGCAACAAAAUGUUCGCGGAUUCCAUAUUUUUACGAUAACCAAUAUAAAAUACUUUGUAAUCGGACAAAUUGAAAAGUGUCUCGGAAACAUUGUUACGGUUUUAACGACUAAUAAAAAACGGCUGUAAAUAUCUUCGAGGAGUUAAAACUUUUCAAUUUCGGACCGAGAAGUUUCGCGAUGGAGACCAUCUUGGGGACAAAUAAAAAUCCACUUUGUAAUACCUGCAACCGUUUGAAUAAUAAGCCUCCAAGAAUUAUACUUUGGAGUUUCAGAACUCCAUUGUAACGGGAAGAAGAAUUGUAGAAAUAGAUAAGCAAAAUACAAAAGACUAACAGAUUAUAUGGACUCGUUAUGCAAGGACCACUUCCUCCAGCGGCAGUACCGCAAGCUGGACGGCGGCGUGCUGUGGUCCCGCAAUGAGCGCAACCUCGACUGCACGGUGACGUUCCAGACGCACAGCAUCCUGCAGCGGUUCAUGCUGCACUUCGACCUGCUGCAGCUGGACUGUAAUGACCAUCUGUACGUGUACGAUGGCGCGCACGCUACCACGCCGCCGAAGGCCGACCUGUCGUGCCGCAACACGAAGCAGCAGGUGGGCGCGCUGUUCACGCGCAGCAACUUCGUGACCCUCAAGUACGUCACCGACAACUGGGGCACGGACGCCAACGGGUUCAAACUGGUCAUCACGUCAGUCAAGGACCCUAUUCUGCUUGCCACAGAGCACGGGUGCAAGGAGUUCAGAUGCAAGCAGCGGGAGUUCUGCGUGAGCGCUGACCUCAUGUGCGACGGCGUGGACCACUGCGCCGACGGCUCCGAUGAGGACGCCGCCGCCUGCCCCGAGAGCGGCGGCGCCGGCGUCGGCAACGCGUGGCUGGCGCUGGGCGCGGGCGGCGCGGCGCUGGCGCUGGGCGGCGCGGGCGCCGUGCUGUGCUGCUACUGCCGCCGCCGCACUAUCGCGCAGCGGACACACUUACAAUUGCAACAAAUGGCGAGCAGCAACGGCGCCGGCGCCGGCAAGCCGCUAGCCCCGGCGGGCGACACUCGGCUGCCGGGAAACUGGGCGCUCCCUGCGGGCCCGCGCGGGUACAGUGCGGCGCGCCCGGGCCGCCUGCGGGCGCGGGCGCUGCGCUGAGCGCCGCGGCCCCGCAUAAGGACGAAUGGUUCGUCUAGGCGGCCCGGUCGGGCCCGCAGGGCGGGGGCGCCGUACCGGCCCCCACGCCGCCGGCGGGCGGUUCUAUCCGGUUAUCAUGUAUGUACUACCUGAUUUAGCGAAGGUUUUUUUAGGGAAUUUUUACUCGUCUAGUGGAGGCGCGCGCGCCGCACGCUCGUGGGUGUCCAGUUUUUGGUGUUAACGAUAAACGCAAUGUAAAUUUAAAGUAUGACAUUAAACAUUUUUGGCUUA